ACUGAUAACGGAUAUCAGUUACUAAUUUUCCCGUUUGAUAGCAUAUGUUAUCGUCGUAGUUUUGUCGUACUUUUUUUUCUCGUUUGUCAAAUGUCUAUCAUCAUCCACUGACUAGUGACUUUAGGUACUGUGAACAUUUUCCGUCUUAUCAUAAUAUUGAUUAACCACCUACAUCAUUUUUCCGGUUCUCCGUUACGAUACAGAACUCAAUGUCGACAAUCUUGAGACAUUAUUUGCGACGUCGUUGUGUACGUUACGCAUCAAGUGUGCCGAGUUUUGACUGGGAAGAUGCACUAAAUCUCGAUCACAAUUUAACGGACGAAGAACGACAGUUGAAGACUUCGUUCAGGGACUUCUGUCAGAAAGAACUCAUGCCUAGAAUAUUGAAAUCGAACCGUGAUGGCGUGUACGAAAAAGAAAUACUUAAAGACAUGGCUUCAAUGGGCGCGUUGGGAUGUACCAUCGGAGCUUACGGUUGUACCAAAGUGUCACAGGUCGGAUACGGUCUCAUCGCUAGAGAAGUGGAAAGAGUCGACAGUGCAUAUAGAUCCGCUUUGAGCGUUCAGUCGUCGCUCGUCAUGCAUGCCAUCAACGCGUAUGGAACCGAAGAGCAGCGUGAACGAUACCUGCCACGGCUUGCCUCUGCUGACCUGGUAGGUAGUUUUUGCCUAACUGAACCAAAUGCCGGCAGCGACAUUGGGACGAUGGAGAGCAAGGCAAGAUACGAUUCGGACACAAAGUCGUACGUCUUAAACGGAUCUAAGAUGUGGAUAACCAAUGCACCGGUAGCCGACAUUUUCGUAGUGUGGGCUAGGUGUGACGAUGGCCGCGUCCGAGGGUUCAUAGUGGAAAGAGGUACAGCGGGUCUAUCGACCGCUGUCAUACCCGGAAAAAUGUCACUGAGGGCGUCCAGCACUGGGUCUGUGUACAUGGACAAUUGUGUAGUGCCUGAGGACAGCCUUUUGCCCGGCGUCUCGGGUAUGGGAGGUCCUUUUGGCUGUUUGAACCACGCCCGUUACGGAAUCGCGUGGGGCGCUUUUGGGGCGGCUGAAGCGUGCUUGUCUGUUUCUCGAUCGUACUGUCUGGAUCGCAAACAAUUCGGAAAACCUUUGGCCGCCACGCAACUGAUCCAAAAGAAAUACGCCGACAUGGUCACCGAGAUAUCUAUCGGUCUGUUGGCGUGUUUGCAAGUUGGCAGAUUAAAGGAACAAGGCUUAGUCACACCGGAAAUGAUAUCGUUGAUAAAGAGAAAUUCAACCGGUAAAGCAUUGGACAUAGCGAGAUGGGCAAGAGACACGCUCGGAGGAAACGGCAUUAGCGACGAGUACCACGUGAUCAGACAUCUCAUAAAUUUGGAAACCGUAAACACCUACGAAGGCACCUACGACGUCCAUGGUUUGGUAUUAGGCAGAGCGAUCACUGGUAUACAAGCUUUCAAAUAGCUGAUGAAACCUAAGCUUCGGAGAGACACAUGCUUAAAAAAAAAUAUGCCGAUUCUAUGACUACAACGUUACCAAGUAUCUAAGCUUCAUGAAUCCAUUCACCGUUGUGACUCGAUCAGCUAAUGAUCGUUAUAUAUCCACAUGGCGGAUGUAUACUGACAGUCUUUUUAUUUUUUGCGUCUUAUGAUACGUAUACCUUUAUUAAUAAUAUGUAUUAUGUGUAUUGUGUGUAAUAAAAUAUUGUUAUCUUUAA